GACGCCGCGACGGCGACGUCGAACGAAGUCGCCGAGUGCAUAACACACGUGACAGCCAGCGAACCGGGUGCCGGUGAAGAAAAAAGUUGUAACACGAUCCUUCGGACUUAAGCGACAUUUCAGUAUUAAUUAAGCAGAUUUCUGUAAAGCAACGCGUUCGGAGGUCCGAGUCGUUCGAUCGUUUCGUCGACGAUCGUCUUCGCGGUUUCCUCUGUAGAUCCGCGGUGAACGUAGAAUGACAACAAUCCGGGCGUAAACAGAACAACGGUGGCAAACAACAAUUCGCCGACGAUAUAUCGAGCGAUAAUCCGUCGCGGUGCCAGUGCCGGAGGAAUAAAAUGGAGAGUCGGAUCGAAGAUAAGAGUUUCGUCGAAAGGAGGCGGACGACCACCUUGGAUGAGUGUUCCCGAAUAAUUGGAGUGAACGGGAACGCUCGGUAUAAUAGAGACACGUUCAGGCGUCUUUUUUCGGAUCAGGCAUUGUUGGAGAGAUUGUUCGCCCUGUUCGAUCAUGACGAUUCGAAGACGUUGAAGCAGGACGAGUGGAUCGAAUUUGUAAAGAGCAGACUAUCGAAUAAAAGGCACAGUUUCAUCGACCAAUUCGAUAGCGUCGUGUACAACGUGUGCGGCGAUGAUUCUAUUAACUUCGCCAGCUUUCAACGAAUAUUUGCUACCAAAGAGGUGGUGGACAAACUGUUCCGCCUAAUCGACGAAGAGAAUGCGAACCACGUGUCGUCCGAUCAAAUUAUGGAUUUUAUUGCCAACAUAAGCGACAGAAGACCACGCGCCGGCUUCGACAAGACCAGCUUGGAAUGGUUGGAGAAGAUUUUCAAGCAGAUGGUGGGCAACGAGAAGGAGAUAAAGCGCGAGGAAUUUAACAAAAUUGUCACGUCGAAGAACCCGUUCUUCACGGACAGAGCGUUCGAAAUAUUUGACAAGGACAACUCCGGAGCCAUAUCUCUCCAGGAGUUUCUGGACGCGAUGCACCAAUUCGCUGGGAAAAGUCCCGACGACAAAAUCAACUUUCUAUUCAAAGUCUACGACAUCGACGGCGACGGAUUGAUACAACUGCGCGAAUUGGAGCACGUGAUGAGAGCCUGCAUGGAGGAGAACGGAAUGGAGUUCAGCGACGAACAAAUCAAAGAGUUAACGAUAGCGUUGUUCGAGGACGCCGAUCAGGCCAACCGUGGUGCAAUCACGUACGAGGCGCUCAAAAAUCAAUUACAGAAGCACGAGGGAUUGUUGGAGAACCUGUCGAUCAGCAUCGACCGAUGGCUGGUCCCGCCGAAGCCGAAAGUAACGCAGAGAUCGUUGUUGGGAUCGUUCGCGUCGUUGCGGCCGUACCAGUUGACGAGACCGUACAUGAAGAACAAUUACGUCUACCUCGCUUUCAUCUGCUCCCUCGUCUUCGUUAACGCGGCUCUGUUCGUCUCGCGAUUGUACGCCUACAGGUACUCGAACGGCUACGUCAUGCUCGCACGUGCUUGCGGCCAAUGUUUGAACUUCAACUGCAGCUUCAUCCUGGUCCUUAUGCUACGCCAGUGCAUCACCUUUCUACGGACUCACGGUUUCAAUUCGGUGCUGCCGCUGGACCAGCACAUCUACCUUCACAAAGUCACAGGAGUCCUGAUCGGCGUCUUCGGCGUCACGCACACGCUGAUGCAUCUUCUGAAUUUUGGCACCGUGGUGGUGAGCGACGAGGUGCUCAAUUAUCAGAAUCAUACCCUAAACGAAUGGCUGUUCACGAGCCGUCCAGGACUGUUCGGCCUCGUACACGGCUACGCAAAUCCUACCGGGAUCAUUCUCGUCGUCAUCCUCGCCAUCAUGACGCUUUCUUCGAUGCCCUUCGUUCGCCGCGGCGGAUGCUUCGAGAUAUUUUAUUGGUCGCAUUUGCUCUACAUACCGUUCUGGAUAUUAACGAUUCUCCACGGGCCGAACUUUUGGAAAUGGUUCAUCGGGCCAGGAACAUUGUACCUGAUCGAAAGGAUUCACCGAAUCGCCUGGUCACGAUCCGAACUCGGGAAAACCUACAUAAGCUCGGGCCUGUUGCUGCCGUCGAAGGUGACACACUUGGUCAUCAAACGACCGCUUCAUUUCGACUUUCGACCUGGUGAUUACGUUUUCGUGAACGUGCCAGCCAUCGCUCGGUACGAAUGGCACCCUUUUACUAUCAGCAGCGCGCCGGAACAGGAAGAUUACAUAUGGCUUCAUAUCCGAGCGGUGGGCGAGUGGACGAACAGCCUUUAUUCGUACUUUGAGAGAGAACAAGUGAAACUUCAAGGAGGCGGCGUAUAUCCGGAAGACUGUUGCGAUAACAAAAGUGUUUCCAAAAAUAUAUAUUUGAACAAUAGACAAGAUGCAAGCCCAAACAUGAAGACACCUUCGCGGUCUUGGAAGAAUUGUCAAGGUCUCGACAAUCCCACGUUUGUCUCCGAUAAUAGCAGCGAAAAUUUUUCGCCGCGCAGUACAAAUGAUAUACCAGAUAGUAGUAAAUUUACCAGUAGUAAAUUUUCCAAAGAAGGAAGGCUUCAUCGUUUGUUGUUGCAUAGCAAGAUGCCAUUGGAGAAAUCGUUCUCGGUGCCCGAUAUGCAAACGAGAAGAAAAACGAGAGACAGAUUAAUGGUACUUCGCGAUUAUACGAGAUCCGAAUCGGAGAGGAACUUCAACGAGAGCCAGCUGCUAGGUGCACGACUGAAGUCUCUGGAGCAAGCUUAUUUGAGUCCUCAGAAUAAGAAUAUUGCUCAAAGUUUCCGCUAUAUGAGAACUAAGCCGACGAUAAUUGCUUUCAAGACUCCGAGUUUAGAGAAUAACGUGUACAAAGUAGGAUCUUCGACGAGCAACGGCUCGACCUUUGAAGUAAAUGUGGACGAAUACAAGUGCUCGGCCACGAAAUUGGUCGCGUCGCAAAAAGCAGCGGAAGAAGGUAGAUUAAAGUUAAGAUUAGAGGAAACGUUAAACGGAAGUACAGAAGACGCCAAAUCUGAUGUUGCCUCGUUGAAUUAUUUAGGGAAGCCAUUGGAGAUUUUCCUCGAUGGUCCAUAUGGCGCUCCUGCCAGUCACAUAUUCCAAGCACAACAUGCUGUAUUAAUUGCAACCGGAAUCGGAGUCACACCUUUCGCGUCAAUAUUACAGUCUAUCAUGCACCGUUAUUGGAAAGCCAGACACACGUGCCCAAAAUGCACAUUUUCAUGGGCCAGCGAUAUUCCGUCCACUGUGAUGCACCUGAGAAAGGUAGACUUCUUCUGGAUCAAUAGAGAUCAGAGGUCUUUCGAGUGGUUUGUAAAUUUGCUGUCUCAGUUAGAAAUGGAACAAGCAGAACUUGGCGAUGCCAUGGAACGUUUUCUUGAGAUGCAUAUGUACAUUACCAGCGCGUUGCAGAAAAAUGACAUGAAGGCUGUCGGUUUGCAGCUAGCUAUGGAUUUACUUCAUCAAAUGGAAAAGCGAGAUCUCAUAACAGGUUUGAAAACGAGAACGAACGCUGGUCGUCCAAACUGGGAUAAGGUUUUCAAGCAGCUUCAAGACAAGAAAAAGGGAAAAGUGACGGUGUUCUAUUGUGGUCCGCCGCAGCUUGCGAAAAUUCUACGCUACAAAUGCGGCCAAUUUGGUUUCAACUUCAAAAAGGAAUCUUUCUAGAUUUUCCGAGACCGUAGAAUUCGUGUGAACACGUUCGUCGCACCAUAUUUUAUAUCGGUUACUUAUCUGGUAUAAGUAACAAGACUCGUUGAUCGUUGUUUUAGAAAAAUACGUUGCGCAACAUGUAAACGAGAUUUAAGUUGUUUUUUCCUUCGGGUAUCUCUAACCGAAUGAUAAUCUGUGGAACACUUAUAAUUACGCAAUGUGUAUUUUACCUUGAUUCAUUUCAUGUUAUUUACAAUUCUAAUUGCUUCGUGUAUUAACCAUAUCGACACCAGUAUAGCAAGAAAUUCCACUUGACGAUCCGUCAUAACUAGAACAAUUUUUCAGUGCGAUAUUAAAUAUUUUGACGCGUCCGUUCAUUCGGAACCAACCAACGAUCUUCCGAAAAAUUUCUCAUGUGUGAUAACUUCUUACGUAACUCGUGUGCGGCUACUUUCAUAUCCCAAAUAUUUUUCUAGAACGAUACUUACAUAUUAAUAUUUAGCUAUUGCAUCGGAUCGAGGGUCGAGAGAUAAUCUAAUAGAAAUGAACAGAAGUUUAAAAUUACACUUCAUUUAUUUAAAGAGUAAUGUACAGAUAUAACAGUUCUCCAGAAUAAUGACUAGAUAUCUCUUUGUUUACAGAAAAGCUAUUAAUACCGCUCACCAUUUUUAUCGCCUUAAACUAUGUAAGUUCUCUUAACAAGGCAUGUUAAAUUUCUUGGCAAUCUAUACCAACCAUUGGAAUGUACAUAAAUACGAUCUCAUAAAUAUGAUAAUAAAAUUUAAGUAAUUCGCCUACGCAAGAGUGUUCACCAACAUAGACGCUUUGUUGCAGUAUGUAAUAUUAACUUCGCAAGGAUGUUGGUACCAAGGUUCCCCAUCGAUUUGCAUGGCAUAUGAUUUCAGUAACUUCAUCUGUACGUUGCAAAACAUUUAUUUAUUUAUAGAAUGUACUGUUAUAGCGUAUAAUAAUAAAUGCUAAUUAAAAUAACGUGAACGAAA